AUGUUGCGAAUAGCGUUAUUAUCUUUAAUAUUAUUCGUAACAUUAUCUUCAAUAUCAACAUCAAUUAUACGUAAAACACGUUUACGUCGACAAUUGGAUCCAGAAUAUUGUCAUGCUAUUGAAGGUUUCGAAUGUAAAUGUUCAUAUUAUCGUGUAACAUGUACUAUUGAUGAUGAAUUACCAUCACCAAUAAAUAUUUUAGACGACGAAAAACAGAAAUAUAAAUCAGUUGAGUUAAGUAUAAGAGUUGUACAUGAUAUUAUUGUUAAUGAUCAUACAUUUGAACCGAUCAGAGAGUUAUACAAACUUGAUGGGGAUCAUUUAGAAUUUCGUAUUAAAUUUGAACAAUUUACUGCACUUAAUUUAUCAUCAGCUGGAAUUUUUAAUCGAGUAUUUCCAGAUAAUUUAUCACAAAAUGCACGAAAAAAUUUGACAUUAGAAAUUUACAACCCACUAGUUUCACCAAGUGAUGAUUCAAAUUUAUUUCAAAAUUUAAAUGCAGAUCAAUUGGAAGUUUAUGCAUUAUAUCCAUUUCAUGGUAAGGUUCCGGAAAUGCAAAAUUAA